UGCCUCCCCCCCAACAUCAACUCUCCCCUUUACCGCGAAAAGUGCGGUGCCUUUCACGUUAUGGCUGCGGUUAAUUCUGCAGAGGAGUGCAGUUUGCAGUCAAAUAAAGGCAGUUUGUCCCCUGAAUAUAAGAAUGUCGCGGCCCAGAAGAUGAAUAUCGAUCCAGUGCGCAAUAGCAAAGCCACCAAUGCUAAAAACACAGACGGAGAAAUGGCAUUAAGUCCCGCUGGCCUUGCGUUCAAAGCCCAAGACCACGCCGACGGUGCUGCAGUUUCAGCCGUGAAGAUUAAAGUGGAGCAGGCGGAGGAAGAGGAGUGUGUAAUUGUACAUGUGGACGAGGCUGGGGACGCAGAUGUGGCUGUUAUGUCUAUCAGUAAAGGAGACUCGUCUGGGAGAGGUGAAAGUGUCGAGGGAGAUUGGCCAUUUCGCUGUGAGGAUUGUAGUGAGACCUUUGGGAACGAAGAGGAAUACCUGGAGCAUCGCAGUGAGCAUAUCCACGAUGGUCCAAUAGUCUGCCUGGACACUGAUUCGCAGUGGGAUCACCUGCUCAUCUCGACAGACGGAGGUCGGAGAACAUUAUUCUGUGGUCUGUGCGGACAGAAGUUUUCAAGCUCAAAAGGUUUUUUCAACCAUCAAAUGAAACACCGCAAUCAAGCCAUUAAACGUGAGACAGGUAACAGCUUUGGUGCAGCACGGCAGAAGAUUUUUGAAUGCAAAGAUUGUGGAAAAACUUAUUCCACUAUUGGUCAGUGUCUCAACCAUGAGCGCUCGCAUAAACAGGCUUCAAAGUCUGUUUUCCAUCAGAUUGCUCACUUAAAGAAAAAGUCAUUUCAGUGCCCCACCUGUGGACGCUGUUACUCUCGGGCUUCGGCUCUUGAUGCACAUCGCCGUUGUCAUGAGGUAAAGCUGGUGAAGUCAAAAACCUUUGAAACUGAGAAAACUCUGUCCCUCAAUGAAGCUUUGGCUCAAGAUCAGAACAAUGGUACCAGCUCUGAACAGACAGAGGAGCAAGAACAAAAGAUUUUUCAGUGCUUUUGUGGCAGAUCUUUUCGUACUAUGUGUGGCCUCGGGACACACCAGAGGUUCUCAACUAGCUGUUCAGAAGGAAAGGUGAAGGAGGAAAUUAAGCAUCCGUUUGUCUGCUCUGAAUGUGGUAAGACCUUCAUUAGCUCUGUGGCUCUGUUGUGCCACCAGCGUUGGCAUAAAAGACGGGAGCAACUUGUCUGCAAUAACCAAUCGUAUAAAUGCUCAGAAUGUGACAGGGUCUUCACCUCGCUCACGUUUUACAAUAAGCAUCAGCGUCUAGCACACAGUGAAGAGCAGGCAGCAAAAUCUUUCCUUCAUCAAGUUAUUCAGCUCAAGAAGAAAGCUUUUGAGUGUCAGCAGUGUGGGCGCCGGUUCUCUCGAGCAUCAGCACUGCAGUCGCAUCAGCUCUGUCAUACUGACGCCUUCUUUGACAUCAUGGAGAAGAAACCCGAGAUGAGCACCGCCAUUCACACUGUGAAAGUAUACCAGAAGGACCAUGUUGACAGUGUUGUUUUUCAGCCUCAGGACAUCUCGGAUGCUCAAGUUCAAGAGAAAGAUAUUAACUGUAACAACACAGUAGAGGAGCAUAAUGCUGUAGAUGCUGAUUAUGAAGUUGUCCAUAUCACGUCUUCAGAUGAUUCUGAGAGCACACAGGAUCCAAAUCCUGAUCUUGAGUUAGUUUGUGAAUCAGACCAAGAGGAAAAAGAUGACUUGGGCUUGACAGCUGAAUCCACAUCGUCCUUGCCAUUGAAUCCAGCGAUUGAUGUUAAAAUUGUGCAGAUCGAUUACGAGCAUUUAAAUGAGGAACCAAUAGUGCAUGCAGAUCUGAUGAGCAAAAGCCGUUCUCGAGUGGCAAAGUAUGACUGUCCACACUGUGACAGAAAGUUUUUCAAGGCUUCGUCCUUGCGCUGUCACGUACUUUGGCACAAACGGUCCAUGAGAAAAAAAGCAGACAAAUGGCAGAAAUUUGACAUUUUGUCACCAACUAAGAAGGUAAUUUUAACAUGUGAGGUUUGUGGCCAUGAAAGUCCUUCCAAGAGUGCUCAUUACUUUCACAUGGGAAAGCAUGAAGAUAAAGUAGCAUGCAAGUCUAUUUCAUACCAACUUGAAAAUUUGCAGAAGAAUAAUAUAAAAUGUGAAGAGUGUGGCAUGUGUUUUUCCAGACUGUCUGCUUUGCAUUCUCACCAACAGCUUCACAGUGGGAAAAAGAAGCACUUUGCUUGCUUGCAAUGUGAAAGGAGCUAUGCAACUGCAAGCGGUCUGUACAACCAUCAGAAAGUUUGCUGUGGUGACGCCAAAGAUGAAAUGACAAAACAUUUCAACCCGACCAAAACACUUUUGGGUCCAAAAGUUCAUCACUGUAAAAAGUGUGGUAAGGGUUUUUGGUCUAUGGGAGCCUUCUGUCAUCACAAACAAAACAACUCUGAGUGUGCAGAUGUUGAGACGAGGCCUGCAAGUGCGGUCACCACUGAGAAUGGCCACAUACGACGCAAGAAACGGGGUCGUAGGGGUGGUUAUAAAAAAGUGCACCCUAUGAAUUCAAAAGUGGAACAUAAAUGUGAGGUGUGCGGAAAAUCAUACCAUAUGCUGGCUUGUUUUCUUAAACACAAGCUUGUCCAUGAUGCUCAAGGUCUCCGACCUGCUGUCAAAUCAUUUGACUAUCAAGUUCAACAGCUGAAAAAGAACUCCUACCAAUGUCCCGACUGUGGAAAAGUUUUCUCCCGUGCAAUGGCCCUCCAGUUUCACAUGAAAAGUCAUGGCUUUGAGACUGGACUUCCUGUGACUGACCCUGGUUCAUCUGAGCGACCCCAAUGUCCAAAAUGCUAUUCUUUUUUUGCGUCUGAGUCGCUACUGCAGGAUCAUCAGAAACACUGUUUAAAACCAGAGGACAACGUGGAACCUCCACAGGAACAUGAUAAAGUUGAAACAUAUAUACAAGAUGCAUCUUCCCAGAAAUCUGAAGAUGUUGGUGAAAUGUCUCAUUCCGUUAUUUCUGAAAAAGAACAGAAAGCACCUCCAGCUUCAAAUAUGAAAUACAAAUGUAAAGACUGCAGUAGAAGCUUCUCUGUAAUUGGUGCUCUCAACUUUCACAAGCGAAUUCAUCGCAAAGGUCACCAAUCUAAAAAAAUUAAAUCUUAUCAGGCAAAGCCGUUGAAGCUUGGCAAAGUAAAAGCAGAGAAGUGUUCAGCAAAAUCACCUUUUAUUUGUGCUGAAUGCGGAAGACAUUUUAGGACAAAUUCCGCUCUUGGCACACAUAAGCGAUGGCACAAAGACAAAACAUUUGCCAAAUAUCUCUCAAAGACCAAUAAGGUGCGCUCAAGGAAAAGUAUGGACGGUGGACCUUAUUUAUGCAAUUUGUGUGGGAAAGGAUUCUUCUACCUUUGUGUUCUUCGUCGACAUCAAUUGCAUCAUCCUCCCAUGGAGGCUCAACCCCAAAAAGACAAUAAAGUUGCUGAAUCAAAUGAUCUUUAUACCUGUCCAGAUUGUCAGAUGUCUUUCUCAACUGGGUCUCUGCUAACAACUCACUUUGCAGAUCAUCACAGCAAGACAACUGAGACUGAGAAACAGUCUGAAAAUGUCCCUACAGAGGAGUUGGAUUCCCCCAUCAAACAAUCAUACACAUACAAACUAGAUAUUACCAACACAGAGACGACUCAGGUGCAGCACUAUCAAUGCCCCCACUGUCCUAAGAGCUUCUUGAACAUACGUGGCCUCCGUGCGCACAAGUGGCAGAAACACAACAAGGUUAGCGAACAGGCCACUGCGUCUCAAGAAGAACCCUUGGUAUAUACAAAGGCCAUUGCUUCUUGUGAAAUGCCAAAGAAGAAAGAGCUAAAACCAUAUACUGAAGAGGAGUCUGUACAGUGCAGUCGAAACGUGGAACUCGCUAAAUGUUUGUUCAGAUGCAAUAAGUGCGCAAAAUCCUUUCCCAGUGAGGAUCACCUAAACGCUCAUAAGGCGGUGGCGAAGACUCGUCCUCACUGCUGCGCUCUUUGCUGUCGCGGCUACUGGACGGAAAACCAGCUGCAACAGCAUCUUGCAUGGCACAAUGAAGUACGUCAGCGUCUGCCAACCGAACUGCGGUACAGACUGAGUGCUUCCAUAGCACCUGGACCUUCAGACAACCUGCAGACUUUCUCACAAAGAUCCGAGUCUAUAGUAGACCACAAGCAAGCUAAUAGUCAUAAAUGUCCACACUGUGGAAAAACGUUCCUGUCACCUCGUGCAUUGCAGCAGCACCAGACUCUUCACAAAAACGAGAAACUGAAACCUUGUUCGUCAUGUUCACAGACCUUUACUGACCUCAAGAGUCUUACUGACCACCAUCAAGAGUGCUUGGGUGGUAAAGAGCUAAAAGACAGUAACUCUGUUCCGUCAGAAAGAGAUACUUCUAACCUGACUUGCACAGAGUGUGGGAUUUACUUCAAGCAGGAAACAGAACUGCAUCAGCAUUAUAUUGAACAUGCACAGGGGCUCUAAAUUGCAUUAAAGUAGACACAGAUUCUUUAGUACAUUGUUUGAUGCAUCUGCACAGAUUUUAUUUAGGUUUGUUACCUGCUGUAACUGCAAGCAUACAGUAGAACAACUGUAUGUCUUGAAGAGAAAGGGUCAGCUUUUAAAUUUGUACAAUUCUGCUAUAGAGGAAGAUUUCUACUGUAUUCAGAGCAUUAUUACAGAUACUCUAAACCAGGGGUGCCCAAACUCGGUCCUGAAGGGCCAGUAUCCUGCAUAGUUUAGCUCCAACUUCCUUCAACACACCUGCCUGGAAGUUUUUGUAUACCUUGGAAGAGUUUGAUUAGCUGGUUCAGGUGCGUUUAAUUGGGGUUGGAACUAAAAUAUGCAGGACACUGGCCCUCCAGGACUGAGUUUGGGCACCCCUGCUCUAAACAAUAGAUUUCAAACUCGAUUCCUAGAGGGCCGCAGCUCUGCACAGUUUUGCUCCAACCCUAAUCAAACAUAGCUGAUCCAACAAAUCAAGGCGUUCAAGACUACAAGAGACUAUUAAGCAGGCAUGAGUUAGAGCUGGUUGGAGCUAUGUAGAGCUGCAGCCAUCCUGGAAUUGAGUUUGAGGCCAUUGCUCUAAACCAAACAGUGUGUUCUUGAAUUACUUGUACAGGAGAUGUAAAUUUCUUUUAUUCCCUUUAAAAUAUUAUGAGAUCUCUGCAAGGGAUCAUAGUGUACCUCUCAGAUGCGUUUUGGUGUUUAUGGGGUUUUAAAGAUAUAUCUUCCCUCUGUUGCUUUCUGUUUUUUGAAAGAGUAUUUAAUUUAAACUACGAAGGUGUUGCUUGGAUAUUUGAUGUACAUGCUAUUUAAAAUGAGUUUUUGUGAGCAUUACAGCUUCAACCUUUUGUUUGGCCAUGCUAGAUUUGUCAUUUGCACAGUAUCUGUUCAUGUCAGUGUCAUCAUUCCUUUUUCAAAUCACAUUUCCCUAAAGUUAAAAUGUACAAAUAUGUUCACCUUUCAACUUUUUGGAUAAACAUAGGAGUUUAUGUUUCUCUUAAAAAUAAUAAGUCUGUACAGAGAAUUGUUUCCUUGCUAGGUAUAAUAACGCUAUGUGCUUGUGGAAAUGCCCUUCGGUCAUGCUAAUGACACUGAGAAUGUAUGAAUAAGAUGUGGAAUCAUAAAAAAGCGAGUCACUUAAAGUUAAACUGUUAAAUGGAUAUGUUUUUGUAUCUUGGAUGGAUGUGAGGGUUUAGAUUCUGGUUUGUUAAUAAAUGACAGUCUUUUAGUAUUCUUAUAAAGUUGAUUCGUUUUCAAAACUGUUGAGAUUACCCAGAUAUUUAACUAUAUUACUUGACCUUGAAAAUAUGCAUGUGUUCAGAUAGAAGGGGACCUUUAAGUAAUAAUAAUAAUGGUGGGCAUUUAGGGAUAUAGUCCACCCAACAAAUAUUAACUUGUGGUUCCAAACUUGAAUGAGUUUCUUUCUUCUGUUAAAAACAAAAUAUGUAUUUUUAAGAAAGCUGAAAAACAUUGAAUUACAUUGUAGAAAAAACAAAUACUAAAGAACUCAAUGGUUUCUAGCUUUCUUCAGAAUAUCUUCUUUCGGGUUCAACGGAACAAGGAAACUCUUCAAGGUUUGAAACAAGUAAAGGGUGUGUAAAUAAUGACAGAAUAUUCGGUUUCGGGUGAACUAUCCCUUUAAACUUGCAUUGAUGUAUCAUCAAACUUUAGACCUCAAGACGUUUUAACUGCACUGAAACCUCUACUGACUGUGGUCAUCUUAAGUGAUCACUCCAAAAUACUGUACAUAUUCUUGUUUGCUGAUAGAUACAGUGCGUGCUUAAAUGCCUUAAAUGAGUUUUGUGACAAGCAUUGUCUCACUAAUUGAGAGAUGUUUAUUUAGUGUUGCUUUUAAUAGGAUUGAUUGUACUUUCCCCAACUUGCUUUUGUUGGUUUUCCAAUAAUUACAGGUUUAAACGUGUACCCUUGUUUAAAAAACAGUGAAUGUAGACAUGGACUAAGAAACUGUCUUUAAUUAAAAGGUCAUAAUUUCCUU